AUGUUUCCCACCUUCACGGGCAACUCCCGACGCCCCCGGAAUGUGAACCUCAGUGGCCAGAACCUCAAUCCCUUUGCCGCAACAUCAUGGACGCCUGCCGCAGGCUCAGGAGCCUCUAAGACCGUUUCCAACGCCCAAGCCGAUCGCGCACAGAGACAGCAGGACCGAGACAGGCUGAAAGCCUCCGAAAAGAUCCAGAAAACAUGGAGGGGCCACAGGGUUAGGAGGCGGCUUCGAGACUCUCGCCGGAACGCCUUUGAUAGCCUGUACUCGAGCACCUCGGACCUUGGUACACAGCAGAGACUAGCGACGGCGUUGCCACUGCUGUUGACAACCUUCCAGACCCGACCCGACGACGUUGAACGUUUGGUGCUCUUUGCGAGAGAACUAAACACGACCAACCUCGAGUGCCUUGCCCCUAGCCACCUUCCUGCAACCAGGCUGGCACGUCUUGUUCGGAUACUCGUGGAUGCUCUAGGCGAACAAACAAAGAAAUCUAAAAGCAACGAGACCCGACUCUUUCUCAGCCUCCUAACGCACAUCAUAAGCGUUGCCCCCGAUGCGCUUUCUAAAUCAUUCCGACAGUACUAUACAGCUCUGACAGAAGUAUGUGGAGUACCGGAGAUGGAAACGGCAGCUUUGGAGGCGACUUCGAAAGCUCUCCUCGUGCCGCUCCAAGCUGCAUCCGCUGACGAGUAUCUGGUGGCCGCUUACGAGGCAUUUGCGCUGUUCUUCUUAACUCGUCAUGACCUGUAUCUUGUCGAGGAGCACUCGAAAGUGAUAUCUGAAAACCUCGAAUCCGAUCGACUCGCCUCAGCCAUCAAAAGACUCUAUAGCGACGGACGGAUACGCGGUGUUGAACGGGAAGCCCAACUUUGGCUUCUUGCACAUUUUGUUGGCUUAUACCAAAGGGCUGGACCGAAGAAUCAGGGGCUUAAGCACCUAGACGCAUUGCAUAUACAACUUUCGAGCUUGUCCACAGAAAUCAGCUUGAGGCUAUCUGUUCGAGCAGCCGAUCCGGCCUCGACGAAUGUGGAUUCUAGCAACCCUGAUGAGUCGUUGAUCCGCCCUUUGCCUGCAUACAUCACCAAUCAGCUCACAUCUCUGGUCAACCGAGAUGGAAUAUCAGCGCUCUUGGCUGAGCUCACUACUAAUUUUGGUUCUCAAUCCUCGAGUCACGAGUUCCAAAGCGCAAGCUUGCUGUCUGGGUACAUCCUCACUCUUCUCCGUUGUUUCCCAAGUCAGGGCGACGAUAUCCGUAUGCGCCUCUUCCUAGGAGAUGUUAGCACGGGUUUGGGAAGUUUGCCGACAAUCCAGUUCCUUUGGCAGGCUAUGAGCCAGACCACCAUUUACAAGCAGAUUUUGCAGAACUCGGCAUCGGUACAAGCCCUGCUGCGAGACUACUUGUCAAAGUCGUCAAAGUCGAGUGACUCACAUGAGCAAGAAUGGAGACUAGUCCUUCUUUUCCUCGAGCUCUACAUCUUUAUUCUACGUUUGAGCGACGACGAAGACUUCUUCAGUGGUAUCUUCCCUGAUAUAAUCAAAACCGAGGGGCCAACGUCUCGUCUGCGAGCAUGCGGACUUUCUCUCAACGAGGUGAAGAACUUGACCAUUGUACUGAAGCACCUAGCUUUCACGCUACAUUACAACGCUGCGGACAUUCUACAAGGCAUCCAACAUUCCGAGCCGAUCUCGAUGACGCAACUUGAGUCGUACUUUGGAAGCGGUAGCAGUACCGCUAAAACUUCGAAGGAGGCCCGAAGUCAAGAUUCAAGAGCCAACGCGGCCGACACUAGACUUGACCUCGGUAGCCUGCGUAGUAUCGUGACCACGGCAUUGCGACUUUUGUACGAACGAGAUUCCCGACGGCCAUUUUUGCCCCGGGACCACUGGCUCAUGACAUCGAAAUUUGAUAUGGAGGGGUUUGUCAGUGCUGUUGUCGCUGAACAAGAACGACAGAACGAAGUCUCCGACUCUAGUGACGACGAAGACGGCGAGGUUGAUGAAGAUGCGAACCUGGGAGGGCUGCACAGCGGCAUUAUUCACACCGUGGCCGGACAGCGAGUAUCACGACAUGCGCAAAUCGAGAAGCUCCGGGCUCAACAACGCAAAGCACAGAGGGAUCGUCUACUCGCCGUGAUCGGGCCGAAGCUGGAGAUACUGAGACACAUGCCAUUUGUCAUUCCAUUCGAUACCCGUGUCCAGAUUUUCCGCCAAUUCGUCUAUCUUGACAAACACAAGCGGAGGGAGGGCAUGGAUGCUGAUCAGUGGAGAAUGACGAUGCUGCACAAUCCUCUGCGUUCCCCCGGACGCAGUCCAGCUGGGCGACAUCAUGGCAAAAUCAGACGAGGCCAGGUGUUUAAGGAUGCCUUUGAGCAAUUCUAUGAGCUUGGAGAAGGCCUCAAAGAACCUAUACAGAUCCAAUUUGUCGACCAAUUCGAUACGGUCGAAGCUGGCAUUGAUGGUGGCGGAGUUACGAAAGAGUUCCUCACAAGCGUCACGACAGAAGCGUUCGGGCCAAGGGAUGGCAUUUCGCUUUUCACGGCCAACAGCAAGGGGCUCUUAUACCCCAACCCGACUGCAAUGGACGAGCUCAGGCAGGUGUUGAAACGAGCUGGAGUUCCAGAACGCUCAGCCGAAUGGCAAGACCAAGUUCAGAGCCUACUCCGCCAGUUCGAGUUUCUCGGCCGGAUUGUAGGCAAGUGCAUGUACGAAGGAAUUCUGGUCGACAUUGCAUUUGCUGGCUUCUUUCUCUUGAAAUGGAUCUCGGGCCAGACUGGAGAGAACAGCUACCGGGGCAAUGUGAACGACCUAAGGGACCUCGAUGAGGAGUUGUACCAGGGCAUGUUACGCCUCAAGAACCACAACGGGAAUGUUGCGGAUUGGGCAUUGGACUUCACGCUUAAUGAUCAGGUGUCUUUGCCAGGGGAACCUGUUCGCACUGUCACGCGGAAUCUGAUCCCAAAUGGUGAGAAUGUUACCGUUACCAACGAUAACCGCCUCCUCUACAUUUCCUACGUUGCCCGUCACCGCCUCGUUGCCCAACCUGCACAGCAAACGGCCGCCUUCCUUCGAGGUCUUCGCUCAAUCAUUGCCCCUGCGUGGCUUUCAAUGUUCAACCAAAACGAGUUGCAGCGUCUCGUGGGAGGCGACAGCUCCGAAAUCGAUAUUGAAGAUCUGCGUCAGAACACGGUCUACUCAGGCUUGUACGAGAUUGGAGACGACGGACUGGAGCACCCCACGGUACAGCUGUUCUGGAAAGUCAUGGCCAAUUUCUCCGACCGGGAACGGCGAGACGUGCUCAAGUACGUUACGAGUACGCCCCGCGCACCAUUGCUAGGCUUCUCACAGCUGAGCCCGCGGUUCAGUAUCAGGGAUGGAGGAGAGGAUCAGGAGAGACUGCCCAGUACCAGCACGUGUGUCAACUUAUUGAAGCUGCCGCGCUACAAGGACCAAGAGACUCUCAGACAGAAGCUGCUCUAUGCGGUUUCUUCGGGAGCUGGCUUCGAUCUCAGCUGA